AUGGGGCACGCAAACAACGAAAUAGAAAGUUCCAAAGGAGGUUCCGGGGGAACCAAUGCCGGCGGCGGAGGAGGAGACUCAACUGUCAACAGUGACGACGGUGCAGCCGGUGGGGGUGGGGGUGGACACUUCUCUGGUGGCGGAGGAGGGGGUGGAGGCAGUGGAUGUGGUGGUCGCGAUGGAGGAAAGGGAGGGUCAGCUGGAAACAUCGGUACUCACGCUGGGGGUGGGGGUCAGUCGUCCUGCCCAGGAGGAAAUGGCGGCAACGGAGGGAGCGUAGGGAAAUGGCCUCCUAAUCAAGCUCCCCACUGCUACGACAAGUCAGCAUCAGGUGGUAAUGCAGGCUCAUCUAGCUCUGGAGGUGGAGGAGGUGAUUCGUGUGGCAAUCAUUACGGUGGAGGCGGUGGAGGCGGUGGACUCCAAUUUGGCAAUUCCAACUUCACGACUCACCUGAGUUACGGAGGGGGAGGUGGAGGGGGAGGAGCAAGUGCCUUCAGCGAUGACCCCAACACUGGAGGGAAAGGCGGCAGUGGAGGAGGACUGGUGUACCUACAGCUUGGGAAACUGGAACUACACGGGACCAUCAGUGCAAAAGGAAACUCUGGACAAUGCCUCAAUCAGAAAGCUCACAGAUCAGCCCCUGGAGGAAGUGGUGCUGGUGGUAGUGUUGUCAUCUUUACCAAGGAACUCAUCGGAGAUCCGAAGAGUAAAAUUUCUGUAUCUGGAGGGGCUCCGGUGAAAUGUGCUUUUGGAACUGGCGGUGGUGAGUAG